CACAGUCGCAAUCUAUGCAAAUUCACCCAUGCCCUAGCGAUCAACGGUCAGUUACUGAAGGUUGUGGCUGAGUAUUGUUGUACAAAAGCUGUUAGCCGGACCCCGCUCAAGGGCGCCGGAAAUGCGCUGUAUGAACAUGUGGGGGCAAUAGAUACUCCUGACCAACCUCCGCGUCAUUGCGCACAUCGUCUGCCUGAUUCCGUUCGUGCAAUUAAGAUAAAUGCAAGCCAGCGGCGCCUCAGUUGGAUACACCGCACGGGCAUCUGGACCUCAUAGCCGCGCGUGUCGCCAGCGAAAUCGAUUACCGGCCGCCUUCAUACCGCUCUUACGUGCAAGCGCCUCCCACAUCCCGUCCACGGCCCUCCAACGCCGCACCACCAGUGCCAAGCUUGCACAAUCUCGUCAGCCCCAACCUCCCUCUGACCCUACCUCAACCACUUUCUCCAGACCCUCCACCACCACCUACACCGCCCCUUCCAGCGCCUGGCAAGUGCCCUGCAGCAACCCAAUUUCCUUCCCUGAUGCCUACCCAGACCUCCGCUCCUUCGCAGCGGCCGUACGGCGGUACGCAGCGGGCUGGCACCCGGUGGUGAUCAGCGCCGCGCUUAACCAUGCGGUGAAGCUGUACGACGAACUACGAUUGUACGACAAAGGAUCAGGCGGCGCUCAUGUUCCAGCGGAGGCGCAGCUGUUGUUGUACAGCACCUUGGGCCGCCUACAGGCCGCCUUCAUGCCGCACAUCCGCUCCAUCCCCUCAUCCAGAUACGCUGUCAACGCGCUGUGGGUGUGUGCCAAGACCGGCUACUGGGGCCGCCCCCCGCCCGCCUCUUCCUCUCCUUCCUCCUCUCCCCCCUCCUCUCCCCCCUCCUCUCCUUCCUCCUCUCCUUCCUCCCCCUCCUUGCCUCCCUUCCCCACGGCGCUGCUCCACCGCCUGCGGGCUCGCGGGUACCAGCUGCUGCGCUCCGCCGGAACCGUGGGUCAGUCGCACAGCAACCUCUGGUGGGCGCUGUCAGAGUACGACAACGGUAACGGUUGCAACGAUAGCGAAUUGUACGGCAACGGCAGCAACGGUAACAGGGAGGGAAGUGGGGAAGAGGCCGAGGGUGGGAGAGGGGAAGAGGAGAGGGAGGUGUACUCCACCUCCUCUUCCUCCCCCUCUACUUCCUCGUCUUCUCCACCUUCUUCCUCGUCUUCCUGCUCCUCACUCUCCUUUGCGGGGCGGGCGGCAGCUGACGUCCUGCGGGUGUCAGCUGAGGCGAUCAAAGCAACACCGCACCUGCAUCAGGCGUCGUACAAACCACAAGAGCUGGCCAACCUGCUGCUGGGCGCCGCCCGACUGGGCUACCGGGCCGACCCGCCCCUCACCGCGCACCUGCUGGGGCACCUGGCGGCGCACCCGGGGCCAUUCAAACCGCAGGCCAUCUCCAAUGCCCUGUACGCGCUGGGGGAGCUGUUCUGCGAGGAUGGCGGCGGGGAGGCGGCCGCAGCAGCCCACAGCGCAGCAGCAGCAGCGGGAGGCCCAGAUACAGCCCCUGCCGUGGCGUCGUCGUCGUCGUCAGCAGCAGCAGCAGUUGAUGGUGGUGGCGGGGGUGGAGGUGGAGGUGGAGGAGGGGAUGUCGUACAUCGGCAGUGGCGGCUGCCGGCGGCAUUUGCCGUACAUUUACAAGAUCUGACGGCGCUGGCGUUACGAGUCGGUUUGCGCAACUUCAAACCCCAGGUGCGAUUUGAAAGCGCGUGCGGGGCGUGACAAGGUACGGAGCAGCAAAACGCAGGUAUUAUGUAGGAAUGUGUGUGGGAAAAAGCG